UAUACAUAUAUAUAUAUAUUCAUAGUAAACACUUACCCUUUAACCUAAUUAGCUGCCUAACUAUGUCAACUCCUGCAAGAAGACGGCUUAUGAGAGAUUUUAAAAGGCUCCAGGAGGACCCGCCGGCUGGCGUCAGUGGAGCCCCAUCCGAGAACAACAUCAUGGUCUGGAACGCUGUCAUUUUUGGUCCAGAGGGUACACCUUUUGAAGAUGGUACAUUCAAGCUAACGGUGGAGUUUACAGAAGAAUACCCAAAUAAGCCUCCAACUGUACGAUUUGUCUCAAAGAUGUUUCAUCCAAAUGUAUAUGCAGAUGGAAGUAUCUGCCUGGAUAUUCUUCAGAAUCGUUGGAGUCCAACAUAUGAUGUUUCAUCUAUCCUGACAUCAAUACAGUCCCUUCUUGAUGAACCAAAUCCCAACAGUCCUGCAAACAGCCAGGCAGCACAGCUCUAUCAGGAGAAUAAACGCGAAUAUGAGAAACGCGUGUCAGCUAUUGUUGAGCAGAGUUGGAGAGACAGUUGACUGGACACUUGCACUUCACAUUUUUCUUUUUUUGUGGCUGUUAGUGGAGUAAUAUCAUUUUAGUUUGUUUUUAAGUUUUUAUGCACUUUACAUACUUUUUUGAUUGCAUUGACAUUCUCUCUUGCAUGACUAAAUUGGUUAAAGUAUGGCGAGAAUAUUCAAUUAGCUACAAACCCAUCCUGGCUUUAGCAAGUUAAAUUUUUAAAGUCAAUAUCUAUUAGUCUAUUUGCUUUUAAAGCAAGUUUACUGGAAUACAAGCCCAGCCCAGUUUAACAUCUAUCAAUUAUAUCUGGAAUACACUACACAUUUUAUUUUCCUUUGCUUAUCAGAUUGCCCACAUACACCACCCCCCAGUUGUGGGUUUAAAAAAAAAACUUGGAUCUGCAUACUUCUAUUGUGAACAGGUGAAAGACUGUGGCUAUGUUUGUUCCAGUCUUCAAAUGUUGAGUGUUGCAACAUGAUAUCCAUAUGUUGAGGAUGGGAUGAGAUUGUAAACUGGAAUACAAGACUGAAAUGUUGGAAUGUGAAGCAAGGGCACCCAACUUAUUCAAUACAAUGAAAAGCUCACAGCAGUUCCUGGAUAUGGUGCAGUGUUUGCUCAGUUCUGUAUUAUGAAGUAACACUGAUCACAAUAUGUUUAAGUUAAAAUGCCUUUGGGCAUUUACCUGGAAACAAUAAUCACCCUCUAGUUUUUUGCUAUAUUUUUAUUUCCUUUUGCCAGUCCUUUGCUUCCGUGUGGUAUACUGUUACAUGCAUGAAUGCCUGAGUGUGUGCCCAUAGUUAGUUCAGUAAUCUUGUAUAUAAGAGACAACUGAAUAUAUGUACAGAUUUUGCACUGGUUGAGAGCACUUGUAAAUACUGAGAAUAAAAAAUUAGAUUCCCCCA